UUGUCAAUUUGUAAUUUUUGUUGGCUGUGGUUGCACUUGCACGCACAGUACAAAUCCGUACUUCCAAUUUUUUAUGCCCAAUGUUUUAAUUUCUUUUGUUGUAUUAAUUUUCUAACGUUUACAAGACUUAUUUACAUUAUUCCAGUUUAGUGCAGCCUGUUCGUGUCAGUAUUUCUUUAAUCAAAUUGCAUUAAAAUUAAGUGGGUAUAUUUUGACUGAACUUUUCUUUGUGACUUUGAUCUAAACUCGUAACCAGUGAAUAAUAAUUCUUUGUCGUCAUAUUUGAAAACAGUGGAAUGAUAUUGUAUUGUUGACAGAAACUUUAUGGAAACCUUCACCAAGACGGAUAGGUGACAAAAGCUAAAAUGACGGCGGAGAAGAGCAAAGGCCAGAAGACCAAGAUGCCGCCAGCCACGAAGAAGGUGGCUCCGGACGGCGGCUGGGCGUGGAUGGUCUGCCUCGGAGUUAGUUUAGUCAAUUUUUCAACGCGGUCCCUCGAGCCGUCGUUCGGUCUCCUCUUCAAAGACUUGCUGGACGACUUGGGUGUCCACACCACCGGUGCCUCAGUGAUCGCGAGUACGCUCGACUCCGUCGUCAACUUCUCUGGCUUCUUCGUGGGGCCCGUGAUCAAGACCUUCUCAUAUAGGAAGGUCUGUUUCGUGGGCUCCACGAUAUGUGCGCUCGGCUUGCUGUUCACGGCUCCAGCAAACAGCAUGGGGCACAUAUUGGCGACUUAUAGUACUUUAGGAGGUUUUGGAGUGGGCCUCGCUUCGUCGUCAUCGUUCGUGUCGCUAAACCACUACUUCUCCAAGAAGCGUGGGCAGGCCGUCGGCUUGUCCAUGGCUGGGACUGGCUUCGGCCUGAUGGUCAUGCCACAGCUGGUCAAGAUCCUCCUGGGAGAGUACGGGUUCAGAUGGACCGUAGUCAUCCUGGGCGCUUUGGCUUUCCACGCUGUGCUUGGCUCCUGUCUGCUACAACCAGUGAAGAGGCAUCUCAAAGAAGUGCCAGUGGACUGUGAGAUGCAGACAGUAAAGGAAAUGGAGUGCAUCCUCGAAAGCGACGAAGAAGCGGACGACAAGUUUGAAAUUAACCCUCUCGUCACCCACGCGUUGCCAAAAUUGACGCCUCAGCGGUCUCACACUAAUAUGAACCAUCCGUCAGUUAGGACGAUCGGCCUCCCGCGAGCGAAGACCUGUGAUAAACCUCUGCAAGACUUCGACAAGACUUCUAGGCUAAGUUUAGGGUUAACCACUGCGGCGUCGGUGGCCGCGAUGCCUCGCGUGACGUCAAGUGGCAGUAUGAGCGAAGCCGCCCGAAGGAGAAAAGUCUCGGUUAUUUCGAAUAUAUCCAACAUGGACUUCACGGGCAGCUAUUUGCAGCUGUAUCUUGAUACAGCCGAUGACGAAGCGAUACAGAUGAAAACAAUCAAGAAAGCCGAGCCAGAGCAAGAGAAGAAAAAGAAUUUCUUUAAAAGAUUCGUUGCACUAAUGGACUUAGAUCUACUGAAAGACUGGUCGUUUUUGAACCUUUUACUUGGGCUCUCACUUUUUUGGAGUGGUGAGCUGCAGUUUAGGAUGUUGACGCCUUUUUUUAUAAGAAGCCUGGGGUACAAUAUGAACGACACGGCGUUUUGCCUAUCCAUGACCGCGAUCACCGAUAUAUUGGUGCGGUUGAUACUACCCCCCAUAUUUGAUAGGACUACUAUAUCCAAGAAGAUGAUAUUCUUCAUAUCUGCGUUCUUUUUGGCAGCGACAAGAUCAGUAUUAGCAGAGCAAAGCGAGUGGGUGCCACUCAUGAUUUGGCUGUCAAUUUGCGGGUUCUUCCGAGGGAUGUGCCUCAGUAACUUUACGUUGACGAUAUCGGAGUACUGUCCGCUUGAGAAGUUGCCAGCGGCCUUCGGUCUGCAUAUGGUCAGCAAAGGAGUCUUUGUGGUUGCCAUCGGACCUCUUAUUGGUUACGUCCGCGACUACACCGGCAGCUUUGCGAUUUGCAUCCACGUGCAAAACGCGCUCAUAAUGUCGUGCGUCCUUGUCUGGGGAAUCGAAUACGCGCUUGCCUUCACUAGGAGGCGCAAGGUCGUGCAGAUUUAGUGGUGACGUCAGACGUAUGACGUAGACAGUGCGGAUCUAGUGAAAGUGACAUCUAUGGUCGCACGAGUGAUACAGAGCCGUCAGGCAGCUGAUUCUGGUUGCUAUCUUCGAAGAAAUAAUGAAAGUGACAGAUGUCACUUUUCUGUUAACCUGGAAUGUGUGACCAGGCUUAAAAUGAAGCAGAGACGGGAAAAGCCGUGACCGUCUUCAUAAAAGAGUAAAGACACUAAAGACGGCCAAAGAUGUAAAGGUUAAAGGUGUUUCUACAGCUGUGGUGUCAAAAGAUAUUGUGUGAAGUGUAAUAUGGUGCUCGGUUUGUUUCAACUCGGGCUCAAAGUCGGAAAAAUCGUUCGGUGUAUUCCGUAAAUACAGGGUGUAAUUGAAUUAUCGCAAAAUCUAAAACAAAUCUUUUUUUAAAUCACCAUUUUUUGUUCAAAAAAUAUUUGAUCAAUGCUGCAUUAUUUUAUUGAAUCCAAUAAAAAUCAGCACAGUUCUGAACUUUUGCGUUAAUUCAAUUACACGCUGUAUAUCUUGUUCCAUUAUUGAUUUGAAAAGACCAUAAAACAUGGCGACGUCUUUAAAUAGGAAUUUGAAUUGUCAGCAGCUCGGUUAUAGUGUAGUUUGUACGGACCAUUUUGUUACAAUAGUUUAUUUUAUAAAUAGAUGUGUACUUAGAAACAUUUUUGUCGUGUCUGAAGAGUAUGCUAUCCGUUUCUGUGAGAACUACGUAUGUCUUUGUAGAUGGCGCCACCGACUUAAAACAUUUAGUAGAAAUUGACGAUAGUUUCUUAGAACUUUAAAAUGCGCGCGUCUUUACUGACACAAUAAAGUAAAUAAUCCAUUUUGUGUUGCAAUAGUACUUAGUUGUUCAAAGAGGAUAUGUUUUUUACUAAAUAGUUGUUAGACAUUUACUUUUAUUAGGCAGUAAAGGGGCGAUCUCAUAAAUAUUUUCGAAGUGGCGCCAUCUGUACAUCAGUGGUGAUAUUUAGCGUUUGUAAAAGACGGGUUCUUCAAACGUAACUGAUGACGAAAGUCAAUGCCUUUAUGGUAUAUCUAUAUUUUAAUUAUAACAAAUUAAUAGUUAAUUUUCUUCAAACAAGCAGGCGCGAACAGAAAGCAAUAAAAAUUUUAACAGUUUCGCUAGUGAACUCUCAACUUGAGCACUUCUCUGCUUCCUCAAGAGAUGGCGCUGUUUACACAUUAGCUCGCAGUUGGCUAAAUGUACUUGUUUACAUACCUACUAUAAUCUAGCCUGUCUGUAUGUACUUAAAGUGAUAUAAUAAGAUAAACGCCACCUUGUUUGAAGCGAAACUUAGUUUACUCAGUAGAUAAUAAAUGCAACAACUACUUCCAUAACUUCUCUAAUCCAGUGCCAGGAACUAUCAUGACAUUUUAGUGAAUUUACUACGGUUUUUGCAUCUUGUAAGCUUGCCUUUAUUUUAUUUUAGUUAAUUGUGUGGAAAAAAUAGCCAGAUUGUGUAAAUUAGAAAGCAAGUAUGCAAUUUGUAAAAUCCGUAUUUUAUUUUUGACAUGGUAAACUAAACAUGACUAAAAUAUUAAUGAUGACACUUAUUAAGCAUUUUGACUUUUAUAUUUAUUUAAUUAUGUUAUUUAGAUAUUCUAUAUU